AUGGCGGCUUCCAAUACCAAUGUGGAAGGUGUUAUACGACUGUUAGAGGAUAAUUUAUCAAAAGUUGGAUUUGAAGUUUACCCUCUGAAGGUUGGUUGGUAUAACUCCGUGCUGUCUCCCUCCCUGCGUUUGGCGUACCCUGAUGACACCCUGGCGGUGGUGGUGCUCAGCACUCCUGCGAUGUUUGAACAAGCCUUCCUGCCCUUCAUGAAGGAAAGGGGCUGCCAGACGCUGUCUGAUCCCAUAGACCAGUGUGUCAAACAGUGCGUCUCCUCUGCUGUCUCCCAGUGUUUCCCAGGACAGCAGGUGGAUGUGAGGUACGACUACGAGCUGCUGCCCAGCAGGAGGCCAAAAUUUUUGGCGCAGACUGCAGCUCACGUGUCCGGAGCAGCUUUUUACUACCGACAGUCUGAUGUCAGAGACCAACCUUGGGCUGAAAAGAAGAUGUUCGGAGUGUGUGUGCAUCCCAGGUUCGGGGGCUGGUUUGCCAUCAGAGCCCUGCUGGUGUUCGGUGAUGUGAUGGUGGGCUCUGAGAUGGUGCAGCCUGAUCCUCUGGACUGCGUGCCGUCCAGAGAGGACAGGAUUCGGCUGCUGGAGGCUUUCAACUUUAACUGGCAGGAUUGGAGCUACAGAGACAUCAUCCAUCCAGUUCAGAUCUACUCUCAAAAGCAGAAGGACUACUUUUCCACUCCUCCCGCUCAGCGGUUUGCUCUGCUGAAGACUUGGGGCUUCCUGCCGAGUGAGAGCGAGCGACCUGCUGAGACCUCGGACUCACAGAGCGAAGAGACGGGACACGGCUGACAGAGACGUGGAGCUGCAGGGAGGAAACACAAACCUCCUGUUAAGCUUUCGUGGAAGCUUUUGAAGAAUAAGGGAUUCUUCUCAGGGACUUGAACUUUUACCACUUUAUGGCCUCUGUAUGAUGUGUUUCAUCAUAUAUUUACACUACAGAUGUUCACACUGCUGAGUGCAGGUAGCACGUCAUGGUGUCACCGUGGAAACAUGAACAGACUCAAAUGCGCGUGUGUGUGUGCGGCUUUAAACGUCAGUGCUUCCGCUGCAAACUUUGUGAAUGUGUUUAACAAAUUGUUUUAAAGAAUGCACCUUGUUCCUUGUGUCAUAUUGUAACACACAAAUUACAGAUGUUUAAGUAGCAACAGUGAUUAUUUUUUUCUUUGCACAUUGAAUAACUGACACAAUAUCAACACAAGAGACUUUGUAUCACUGGCCUGCCUUUAAUUUGGCAUCUGUAUCAGCAAAGAGAACAAACAUUCUCACUUUUUAAAAAAAAAUAUUCAAUAGU